UGUCACGUGCCUCUCACCACACCUGCAUUUAAAGAUAAUCACCGUCCAGCAGGUGGGACCGCCUCUUCGCCCUGUUCAGCAGCGCAGCAUUAAAUAUUAUUAUGUCACAUAAUUAAGUCAUGUGCGAAGACAGUAUGACACCGGCAGCACCCGUGCCGUCGGUCCAACGUGCAGCUGCUGCGCCACCAGUGAGUUUCUGCCUCCGUCUCUGCGUUUUGUCGCAUUGGAUUUAAAGGCGAAGCGGAGUUGGAUUUCACUGAGAAUUGGAUCCAAGUUAAGAGAUGGUGGCCGCCCUCUCUACAGCUGUGUGGUGAAAAUGAGAUGUCGGGAAAGCAUGCGUGUCAGUGACUCCAGCUGUGUCCUCUGGUGAAUUCGGGACGCGGGAGGCAGAAAAAGCCCCUCCGACGGGAAGGUCGAGACACCCGGAGGAGAAACCCCCACCGGACGGACAGCAGGGGACCGGACCGGCUGGAGGGCGUCCAGCUGGAGGCUGAGCAGACAGCAGUCGGCCUCACAAAACAGAGGACGCAGUGAAGGACAUCAGAGACAUCCACCCCUGCUGCAUCAUGGGUAACCAUACUGGCAAAGACAGCCAUGGCACAACAGGCUCUCCUUUAGAUUUCUUCCACACGCCUCCUACCACGCCCUCAGAGGAAGAGCUGGCUGCCAUGGCCUUAUCUUCCGCAGCCCCCCCUAAUAAGGCACAGACGCCAUCACCAGCCGGCAGCACCACCCCCUCCGCCACCUCUCCAAUCGCAGAGUGGGCACAGAAACUGUCUGCUCCCACAGAAUGGGCUGUGAUAAGCGUAGACGGCGUUAACUGCUCAGAGACGAGCGAUGCAGCGGCCAGGCAGGGGAAGGCAGCGAGCAGCCCGGCAUCCCUGGCUCCUUCCAGAGGAUCGCCCUCAGAGCAGAGCUGGCAGGAGAGGGACAGUGGACUGGAGCCGCAGGCUGCAGAGGAGAGAGCCGGAGAGGAGAUGACGCUGGUGUUGCUCAGCCUGAUGGAGCACUACAGGGCCUCACUGGGCCUGACCCCCAACACUGAUCUUACCACAGGAGCAGUAGAGCUGCUGAGACGCUUGAUAACACAGAAGGACGAGCUGGUUGAGGAGGUGGACACGCUGAGGGAGACACUCAGGAUGGAGAGGUUGGAGUGGCACCAGUUCCAGUGUGACCUGCAGGUGGCGGUGUCUGUGGCCGACCGGCUGCGGGUCGAGUCGGAGCAGGCGCUGGGUUUGCUCCAGGAGAGCCACAGGGCCGUGGAGGAGCAGCUGGCUCAGGCCCUCAGCAGACAGCAGGAGAAGGACCGAGAGCUGGAGAGCCUGAGAGCCGAGCACAGAGAGGUCUGCCUCAAACUAAGUGAAGUCACCCUGCAGCGGCAGCAGGAGCGGGCCGAGCUGGAUUCUCUGAGGAGCCAGGUGAAAGACGGGACAGGCUGUGAUCAGCAGGCAGAGAGACAACACUCUGAGGAGGAGCUACAGGAAGUCCUGGAGAACAAACCCAAGAAAGCUGAAAUUGAGGCUGAGGGUAAAAAUGUUGAAGAGCAAAAGGACGAGAAUGAAACAAGUCAAGAGGCGGUUGCUCACAAUCCUGAGGAGGCGAACGGGUCAGAGAGCUCGCAGCUGACGGGGAAAGGGGUGGCGGAGGGAUACCUUCGCAGUUUGGCCGCUCUGGAGAAGAAAAAGGAAAAGCCGAAAGAUCCACGGAGGAUCGUGAUGCUGUCUGAAAGAUCAUGGAGUCUCUCUCGUCUUCCGCUCCCAGUUGAUCCCUCCACUGAGGUUGGGGCCUCAAAAAACACAAGCACAACAUUGCCGCUAUGCAAGAAAGAAGAGCCACCAAAACACAGAAGGAUGGACCGCGUGUUACAGCGGCAGGACAGCUGGUCCAGCUUUUACACAGGAAAACAGGAUGACGACCAGAGCUCAGAUUACAUCAAACCUCAGGAUGGUUUCAGUGCUCUGCUGAGGCGUCAUGGCGGCUCCAGAAGAAACUCCCUGCUGCGCUGGUGCCAGAGUCGUACCCAGGGUUACAAGAAUAUUGAGAUAACAAACUUCAGCAGCAGCUGGGAGGACGGCUUGGCGUUCUGCGCCGUUUAUCACACGUAUCUACCAACUCACAUCCAGUACGACAGCCUCAGCCCAGCAGACAAGACGGAAAAUCUGGACCUUGCUUUUAAGACCGGAGCAAGUGUGGGGAUCUCAGCCUCACUGACGGUGGAGGAGAUGCUGAAGGCUGACGGGCCCGACUGGCAGAAGGUCCUGGGUUACGUCGAAAGUAUUUUCCGUCACUUUGAGAUGUGAAGUCGUUUCCUCUCGUCUUCUGCCUGGUUGUUUUUCAUUCCUGUGACCGGAGCGGAAGGACUGAAACACUUUUCAACACAAGAGGGAGCUCAACUCACAAUGAACUGGUCAGCUAGGAAGUAUUUAGAUUUUAUGGUUUUAAUCCCCUCACACAGGACAUUGUUUGCCGACACACAGGUGGAGUAUUAUAAAUUCUUCUACAUCUACAUCGGAUCUGAGUCGCUGAACCAGGUGAUGAUGCACAAGACACCGUUAUAUUUGAUCCCACAAUAGAAACACUUGCUAAAGCGUUAUUUUCACAGUUGUUGCCAUUUCCACUGGUUUUGCACAGUUUUUUUUAAAGAGCACUUCAUGAUUUUGUAUUUUAAAAGUGUCUUAUUUCAGAAUGUGGGGCACUUUAAACUUUUUUUAUCAUGAACCUCUCCUGCCAUGAAACAGUCAUCAUGUUUGCAUGCACCCAAAUCUAAAAACUACAAAACAAAGGAGUGAGGCCGCAACACUCCAUACUCUGUAUAAGGGACGAUGCCUUUGAGCUGAAUGUAAAUAUGUAAAUAUAUGUAAUCGCUUCAGUAUUUUUUAAAAAACAUGGUAAACAUAUGAAGAUGUUGUUGCCAAAGCCUUAAUGCAAUAAUAAAGUUAUGUAUAUGGAAGGUUUUUUCUCACAUUUUCUCCAGUAAAACCACAGAGAUCCACAGAAAACCUUUUUCAUUUUAAUAUAUAACAAGAGAAUGACAUUUGAUACAUCUGACAGCAUAUAAAAAUCAUUUAAAAUGAUUAAAAAAAAGAUGGCAUAAAAUGAAACAUUUAAGGUUCAGUGAUAUAAGAAAGUGGUCAUAGUGAAACAAAUAAAUACUGAAACAUUGAAAAAGCAAUAAUUUAACAUGUUUUUUUUUUUUUGCAAGGAUGCUUUAAAUGCCGCGUGAACAAAGGUAAGGUAGGAAU